AUGGAUGUGGAUGACAAGCUAGUUGAACAUACACUCAGUUCUGAUACAGAAAACAAACCAGAGGACAAGGUUGUAAAGGAGGAAACCAACAGAUCAACCAUGGAUCCUGAGUCUGAAGACAAAGAGAGCUCAGACAAUAAUGCUCACAAUGACAACAAUUCAGAGGGCAAGGAGGCCAAGGUUAAGGAAGAGGCUCAGGCCAAGGUAAAGAAGGAGAAGGAGAGGGGAAAGGAGAGGGAGAAGGAGAAGGAGAAGGAGAGGGAGAAGGAGAAGGAGAAGGAGAAGGCUACAGCCUUAGCACAGUCAGCAACAAAGCAGAAGGAUAGGAAGGAAAAGGAGGGGUCUAAAGGUUCUGAUACUGUUGCAAAUGCAGAAAGGUUGAAAGUGGUAGUAGAAAAGGGGAACAAGCCAGUUCCUGAAGAAGUUGUAAAACUAGAAAAGAAAAAGCCAGUUGUAGAGAAAGAGAAGGUCAAUACAAGAAGGGAUGGGAAGGAGAAACAAGUCAUAGUCAGUAAGUACAAGUAUGGCUAA